AUGCACGGUUGUGUUCGAGCAUUGACUCAGUACAUCCACAAUGCAGAGAACCAAGACAAGAAGACGUUCUUCAAAGAACACACGCAUAUCCUCACCAAUCCUGUUGCACAGACCAGAUUCGUUUUCGGGAGAGGCAGUAUAAAGGAGUCGCUUCCGUCACCGCAAUGCGAGGAAGAUCAAUCGCGGUACAAUGAGACCCUCCUCCCAGACAGCUUGCUCAGUACACUAAAACCGACGUUCUUGAUCCGUUACCCUGCGCUUGCUUUCCAUCGGAAAACGCAUGUGUCGGAACAUUAUGACGCUGCGUUGGAGCCGCAACUGUACGAAUUCUACGAAAGAGACUUCAAUGCGACUGAUAAUUCGGUCGAGACAGAGACCAUGUUUCCCCUUGUCUUAGAUGCAGAUGAUAUUAUGACCAAGCCGGCGGUGGUAGCCCGGUUCUGCGACAUUUUGUGCUUAGAUACGACUCAACUGCGGUAUCAGUGGGACACGGACAAGGAAACACGACGACCGGGGAUUAUGGCAUUCUGA